UUGGUUAAUGGCGGAUGGGUUGGAGUAACGGCUGGUUUAGUGCGGCUUGUAAACCGGGAAAACAAAGCACAGGGGGCGGGUAAGGAUAAACUGACACAUGCGAUCACUUGUGCGGAUCCGAAGUGCGGACUCAGAAACGGAACGAUGAAGGGUUGAGCUGUCGCUGGGAAGAAAAGUGAAAGGGGACAUUGGAGAUACUGUGCAAUAUUCAGCGGCCUGAAGACCCCGGGGCUGGAAUUUUUAUCGGUAGGUUAGAGAAUUGAGAGCAGGGAAAUCGACGUGCUAGCAACUUCCAAACUCCUCAGAGAGUGGGCACCGGAGGCUCACCCGAUAUAGCCGAAAUGCCGCCGUGUCUUCUGCACGGGAGCCUGCCGGAGGACUGCUGUUGAGACUCGCCAGCCGGUAUUCUGGAUGCUGGGUGUUGAAUCCAGCAGCCCAAGUGCCCGUGUUGCCCGCUUGUCAUCGUGGUUUUUCCACCUUCACCCGGGUGUUCCGAUCAUCGGCUCCGUGUCCCGUGUUUGGUGAGAGGACGGUUGAGCGGCGGAGGCGCCGGGAUCGGCCGGUUUGUGAGUCACCCUUUCAGGGGUGUAGUCUCUGCCACAGCGUACUUGUCCCGGGGGAAGACCGAGCCGCGGAUUUCGAGGAAUCGCGGACUGCGGCUGUACCGAGAGUUUCAGCUGGGAACUGUUGUUUUGAAAGGUGGCAGGAGGAGCGACUGAAAGGAUCGGUUUUCGCUGUUUUGCGAUCUUCCUCCGAGGGGUCAGGGUCGGAGCCUCUGUAGGGCCCCGGCUGAUGUCCCGGGACACCGGACCACAGAGAUCGAUGCGGCGCUGAAGGCAUACGAGAGGGAUGCGGAGCAGCAAGCAGAGUGAGGCGAAGUUGACGGCCCCUGUGCACCCCGCCGAGCGGGACGCUGGCAGAGAGCUGUCAACAGCAUGGGACAGUCUCAGCCAGACCAAAGCUGCUCUACGACACAUUGAAAAUCGUCUGGAAGCUGCCCCCAGUACAUCAGUGCUGCUGGAUUCUGUGAUGGACACCAAGAAAACGUCCAGUAGUGCCACCAGGAAAAUCAGCCGCAAAGACGGACGGCACCUGGAAGACUCCUCCCACUCGGCCCCCUCUCUGAAAGCGGGCAGUCGCGGCCGUGCCCGCAGGGAGAGGGGCUCUCGCAGCCCCCUGAGAGCCACCACCCUGGAGAGUAAUGUCAAGAAGGCCAGCGGCGUGGAGUUCAGGGACCCCUUGGUCACAUACAGAGACCCCAUUCCGCCUCAUGUGACACAGAGUCUGCUGUCAGAGCUCCCCUCAAGCACACAGGCAAGAGAUGACCGGCUCAGCCGCCUGAUCUACCAGAGUGACACCCGUGACCUCCAGUGCCGAGACUUCGACAGUACGCGCUCUUCUGCGGUUGACAGCACCGUAGUGCGUUACCUCAACGACCUGACGGCCCUGGAGGCCCUGCACACCUCCGAAAUGCCGUCCAAUGCCACCGAGCACCAUGGGUACAGGGACUGCAGUGGUGGGGUCACGGGGGAGCCGAAAGACGAAGGGCCCUGUCCCUCCAGUGGUAAAGGCCAGGAUGGGGCUCAGGCGGUGGAGUCGUCACAGUCAUCCAGCCCUGGCUCCGCUUCCCAGCGGCUGGAGAACCUUCGGCGGCGGCAGCACGACAACAAGCUGGAGAAACUGAAGGAGCGAAUCCGCAAGCAGCGCGAGCAUUCGGAGGAGGCGGCCGAGAGGGAGCGGCUUCUGGGCCACUUGGACCAGCCUGUGGAGGUCAGCAGCACGGAGACUGCAGCACCAACAGCCAAAAUCCGCAAGGUGGCCACAGCACCUCCUGCACCUACAUAUAAAGGUUUCAAUCCUUCGGAGACCAAGAUUCGCACCGCAGAUGGCAAAGUGUGGCGUGAAGAGGACUUCCAGAAUCUUAGUAGGGAGAUCUACAGAGAUUUAUCUUUGCAGCUGACAGAUUGUGCAAAAUCAAAGGAUAAGCCUGCAGAGAAAGGGAAAGACAAGAAGUCUUUGAAACCUGUGAGAAAAAUACACAAAGCUGCUCGAUCACCUAGUCCCGAUGCCAAGCCAGGACACAUCAUCAGCACAGCAUCGUGGCGGGAAGGACAGAAGCUGGUAAAAAUGGUGUUAGGGCCAGCACCCAAGACAAUGCAGGAGCAGAGGGCUGAAUCCGCUGACAGAUCCGGCAGAACAGGACUCCCCGCAAGGACGACCUCCGAGACUCGCCUGGAAUCAAGACGCAGGUUGAGAGCCAGCAGUGCCGAGCGCCCCAGAAGUCGGGCGCAGUCUGAGGGCCAGCUGAGGAGCUCCCAGCCAAAAGUGGCUGAGGACAAACUGCCACGCAAAAACGACUUCCUGUCGGCGGAAAUCCAGGGCAUCCUCGACGACCUGCAGCUGGAGAGCCGGGUCGGCCAGUCCGAGCACCGGCGAGGGAGCAGGGGCCCGGGGGCGGGGGCCUCCUCGCGGCUCUCCCGCAGCGCCAGCCCCGCGAAGCGCAAACAGGAGGGCCCGAAGAAACGGCACUACGACGCCGACUCGGUGCGGCAGUACAUCGCGCGACAGCAGGAGGAGCGCAGGAAGAGGCAGGUGGAGGAGAAGCGGGCGCAGAAGGAGGAGGCCGAGCGCAAGAACAAGAGGCUUCAGGAGCUCUACAGGAAGCAGAAGGAAAGCUUCGCCAAGGCUAGGCUGGCUCCCGAGGGCCCUGCGCAGAAACGGCUCCAGGAUACCUACUCCAAACUCCUGGCGGAGCAUGACAGGCUAGAGGGGCUGCCUCAGUCGCUACCAGUGGUUAACAGCCUGCAGCCAAAACCCCUAUACCAGCCUUCAGGAGAGUCGGAUAAGGAGAACAAGGGCCAAGAUCGACCUCAGAGUGCUUCUUCAAGCAGCGAUUUGUCACUGUCUGAGCCACGGCCCCCUCCUCUGGACAGGAGUGAUCUGGCAGGAGCGUCUUGGAUGCAGCCAGACCGCCUGAGCCCAGCAGGCAGGGGACCUGUCCCUCUGGGUUCCUCUGCAGGAGGUCUUUUCACACAGCUGCUGGGCCUGGAGUCUGGUUUGUCGUCGAUGCAGAAGGAAGGCCAAACCAGAGGCCAGGCCGCCCCCUUUUCAGUUCCCGGCCAUCUAUCUAAAGUCAGUGUUCAAAACAAGAGCAAAAUAAACCGCAUAGAAGCCCUGAAAGCCACUGCCGCAUCCCUCUCCACUCGGAUAGAGAGCGAGGCACGGAAACUGGCUGGAGCGGGCAUUAAUUACGGCUCAGUGAGAGACUUGGACACGGAUGUGCUGCCUGCCGGUCAGCACGACAACGGGCGCUGGGCAAAGUCAGUGAGUCCCCCAGUCCGGGAGAGCAGUGAUCCAGGUGACUUGUCCGUCAGAAUCCAGAGACUUCUGAGUGCUGGCCACACUGCCUUUGAUGGUGCCUUGCCAGGAGUAGGUAACCUCCAUGACUUCAAAAGGCUCCGAGACCCAGCUAGGCCUCAGUCCGUCUCCACUGGCCAGGUGGCCAGAGCCUCAGAGGAGGAGGAGGAGAAGGGCAGCAUUCAGGACUCCAGUGCUGACUCCAUCAGUGAGGGGCCUCUCCUGAGCGAGGGCAGCCUCUCGGACAUGGAGACUUCCCAUCUGAAAGGUGUCCCCAGACCAGCUGACCAUCUGAAGAGCAGAGAGUUCUGUGUGGCAGAGAAGAACACCUUCCGGCCCAUCUCUCACUUCCAGAAAGAGGCAGAGAACUAUCCUGCUUUCAGCUCUGUCUCUGAAACCGUGGAUCGUGGCCCCUGGGAGGAGCUUGCAAAGGGCAGCCCCCACAGUGUCAUCAACAUCUUCACCAAGAGCCUCCAGACCUAUGGAAAGGUGCUGGAAGAGAAGCUGGAGAGGAGCUCUCCAGCCCUGCAGCCCCUCCCGCGGGUCACCAGUUCUCCGGAAUCGGCCUCGUACGAGGACGACUUCGUCUCGUCUCAGAGCAGCGGCAGCCACUCCCGCAGGCGAGGCCUUGCCAGGCUCAGCAAUGGAAGCAGUGCUAGCAGUCCUCAGGAGGAAUUUCCCAGUCAUCAGUCACCCUGUGACUCUCAGGCACCUGAACACAUAUCCCAUCAUUCAUCCGUGUCCACUCUGACAUCAUCCCCACAGUCAUCAAGUUCCAGUCGCAAGAGAGGUGGCGACGUGACGGAGGAGAGCACUCCUCGACAAACCCUGUUGGAUGAAGAUAACAGUCCUUCCUCGCAGGGCUCAGAGCCAGUGUGCCAGGACAGGAGGGCAUCCCCAGGAAAGAUGUCUCCUCGGAACACAGAGCUGAGCCCCGAAACAAACGGAUGUGCAGAGGACAGCCUGGGAGCCGAUGGUAAGAGAUCCCCUAGAUAUCCUGCCUCAUCUCCCUCGGGUUCUCCCACAAUUUCUGCUGCUCAGAAGACCCCACCAGCUGAAGCAUCCUCAGUCGGGGCUGACCGGAUGAAGACUGCCCCUCCUGUCCCGAAUUCUCUGCCUUCAUCGUCCGUGAGAUUCAAGCCCACUGCUGCUGCCAGCGCUUUCACAGAGAUCAGUGUCGGCACUGACACGGAGCCCAGUGCUGCAGGCUCUCUGCAGUUCUCGCCCAGUGCGCUCCAGCAGCGCAUGACAGCAGAGCUGAGCUACCUCGAUGCCAUGGAAGAGUCUGUACGGCAGCUCUCGGACGUGGAACGCGUGCGGGGAAUCUCCCUGGCACAGCAGGAGAGCGUCUCUCUGGCCCAGAUCCUCAAGGCCCAGCAGCAGAGGCACGAGCGCGACCUGUAUCUGCUGAAGUUGAAAGCCGAGCAGGAAGCUCUUGACAGUCAGCGGCAGCUGGAGGAGACCAGGCAGAAGGCCGCACAGGCUCACGCGGAGUCCCAGCAGAUGCUGGCUCAGUCUCAGCAGGAGGCACUGGGAGGCCUUCAGGAUGCCACCAGCAGGAUGAUCGCCCAGCAGGCUGAGGCCGUGCGUUACACUGCAGAUGCUGCUUGGCACAUCAAGGAGAUGACAGAGCUGGCACGCUCUCAGAUUGCCAGUGCAAUGAGUGUGCCCGCUGCCCCCAUCACAGCCCUGUACGACCAGCAGCGUCAACACCACUCGAGCUUCAUGAAGCAGCUUCGCUCCCUCAGUGACCUGGACAGCAGCAACAGUGAUGGGUCUCCUUUGAGAAUGAAGACAGAGGAGCAUCAUUCAUCAUUGGACAGCUAUUCAGAGUCCUCUCACUCUAAGACCCCCAGUAACAGCAGCAGUCAACCAGCGAGCUUGUCUGUGCCUUCUAUGGAGAGGAAAGAGAAGGCAUCACCUGUAAAGGAUGAGAGGGGCAGCUCUGUGGAAGAGGAGAUCCAAGCAGCAGCUGAUGAUUCAGUUCACAGUGAUAGUGUUCCCUCCUUGCCUGAUGAGAAAGAUACCAUCUCUGUUGCCACCGAGUACUCUCUGAAGUUCGACGAGUCAAUGACGGAAGAUGAGAUCGAGGAGAAAUCCUUCCGAUCCCUCCUGCCGUCCGAGUCCCACCGCCGGUUCACCCUUGAGAAGAAGCGUGACCCUCAUGAAGACUCGGAUGACGAGCCCUCCCAGGACAAAGCCACACUUUACGCUGAGGGACGAAUGCCGUUCUCCAGCGGUCAGGAUAGCUUCUCCAAGUUCACCAUGGACAUGGUGCGUCAGUACAUGAAGGAGGAGGAGGUCCGGGCCCAGCACCAGUCCUCUCUGCUGCGGCUCCGCGAGAAGGCCCUCAAAGAGAAGACCAAGGCCGAGCUGGCCUGGCUGGAGCACCAGAAGAGGCGGCUGAGGGACAAAGGGGAGGAUGACAAAAUGCCACCCAUACGUAAGAGGCAGCGAGGGCUGCUGCUGAAACUCCAGCAAGAGCAGGCGGAGAUCAAGCGACUUCAGGAGGCCAACAAGGCUGCCCGGAGGGAGAGGCAGCUGCUCCUCAAGCAGCAGGAGGAGAUCGCAAGAAUGCGUCACACCACCAUGAAACUGCAGGAGAAGCUGAAGUCAGCAGGGGACAUAAAUGUGGAGGCGGCCAAUUCGGACACUCUGGAAGAAGAGCUGAAGCCCAGCCCUGCCCAGACGGACCUAGAAACGCGCAGCCCCUCACCCCUCUCCGUCUCCGGCAGCGAGACCAGCAGCAUCAUGCAGAAGCUCAAGAAGAUGCGCAGCCACAUGGAUGAAAAACACUGCUCUCCUGUCCACUACUUCUUCUCUGUCUUUACGUCUCACCACUGGGCCUCUCUCAGUGUCUGUUUCCCCAACCUCCAUCCCAAAUUCCAGCUGUUUAUCUACAACCAGUUGGUCAGGUUCCUGACCAAGCGAGAGCAGCAGCUCGUGCAGCGGCGGCGCCACGCGGAGGAGCUGCUGGAGUGGAAGCGGCGGCUGGAUGAGGAGGAGGCCGAGGUGAGGCGCAUGGAGAAGGAGGCCCUGGCCGUGUGGGACAGACAGCUGCUGAGGGACAGCGCUGCCCGGAGAGAGCCGGGCCACAGCAGCCCCAGCGGCCGAGUUUGUGUCACAGAGCCCGGGAGUGAGGAGGAGGGUACUGCUGUGGAGACCCACUUCAGUCCUCGCACGGAUCUUUCUAUCCCUGAGGAGGUGGGCAGCCCCCCUGCAGAGACUCCUGUUUCUGAGCUGCCCACUCCAGAUAAGGAAACCAGUCUCCAAGACAGCUCUGCCUAUUCACAGGACUUUGAGAGUCCCUCUUCCCAUGACAAGACAACAGCGUCUUCAAAAGCCAAUAUCGGCAAAUCAAAGCAGGACAUGACCAAAUCCAGCAGCGGGACUAGCAGGAUGCAAGUGAGAUCAGUACCCAAGCCUUGCAAAGCUCCUGAGAUUUUGUCUGAUGAAUCUCCAUCCAUCACUGAAACGACAUCUGACCAGAGUGACAUUGAGAGCCGGAUUCGUGCUCUGAAGGAAGAGCUGCGGAGACGCAAAUCCAUUGUGUACCAGCUGAAGAAGGAGCAGAAGAAACGGCACAAGGAGCGUUUGAAGGCACAGGAGGCCAGCCUGCUCAAACAGCUGGAGUCUUAUAAUGACUUUAUCAACAAGACCAAGGCUGAGCUGGAUAAAGAACCCGACACUUCACCCACAACCAAACCUCAGAUCAAAACACCAUCCUCUGUCUCUGGGAAACCCAAGAUCAAACCCCCACCACUGCAAAGGUGUGAAACAAACAAGACUUGGAAGAUUGGUAGUGAAUCGGAAAAGUCUCCUUUGCCAGAUUCUCCUGCAAAACAUGAUGAUGACACCCUAUCAAGCAAGGAGAAGCUUGUACCUACAAACAAGGAGAGACCUUCCAAUGAAGAACCUACUAUUACUGUAUCUCCCAUCCAGGCUAGUCCAGAAACUGUCAAUGUUCCUGAGAGCCUAACUUCACCUGAGCCUGUUUUCAGAAACCUUUCUACAGACGCUCAGAUUCACAAUGAAGCAGCCAACACACAGGAAGAGAUUUCUGGAGAUGAAAGUGCUGUUUCGAGCCAGAGAUCUGAAAUUGUUGAAGAACUGGAGCAGCUGAACGAUGAAGAGUCGGAUUCUGAAAAUUUGCACUCCCAGUCUGAAGAUUUGCACUUAAAACAUCUGGGUUUGCUUACUAAAUCCCAGGAUCAGUCUGCUCAGAAGGAGGAACUACAUGAUCAUAAUGAGCUAACAACAGCAAAAGGAAUGGAUCUUGAAAAGGAUGCUUCCAUUGGAGAGAAAAUGGAACAGCAGGAAUCUGCUGUAGAUGGUGGUGAAGAAGAUGAGGGCAAUAAGUCUAGCAUCUCAUCAGAACCUAAAAAAUCAGAAAAGCCUACCAUCAUUCUUGCUGAGGAGCAUGAAGGUAUUGACCUCCCCUUAACAGAGAUGCUUUCUGCAGUAAGACAGAGUUCCUACUCUCCUGACAUUGAUGCGUUGUCACCAGAAAAAGAAAUGAUACCACCAGAAAAUGAAGAAUACCCCCCUGUAGAAUGCUACUGGGAUGAUUUUGAGUCUUCGUCAGAAUCCUCAUCACUGAAAGAUUCGCUUGAAUCCAAGGCAGCCUCCAUUGAAAAGGAAGGGGAGGAAAGGUCUCAGUGCAAGUCUCCUGCUUCAAUCAGUGAAGAAGUCAGCGAAGAGCUGAGUGAAAAAUCCAGUUCCACUAGUGGCAGCUUCCACUCAGGAAGACUCCUGGAGCUGACAUCUCAGGCUGAUGAUUUAAAAGGCAAGGAGAGUAGCAACAGGGAACAAAAUGAGGUCCUUAGCCCAGUACCAUCAUCACCUAAUUCAAGACCUCAUUCCCCAACUACCUCAGACUUGGAUCUGAUGUCUGAUUUCAACCUUGGGGACAGGGUUUUGGUAAGCAGUGUGCAACCCGGCACGCUUCGUUUCAAAGGGAAAACCAUCUUUGCCAAUGGCUUUUGGGCUGGAGUGGAGCUGGACAAGUCCGAGGGAAGUAACAACGGAACAUAUGAUGGGGUUGUUUACUUCAAGUGCAAAGAAGGGCAUGGCAUCUUUGCCCCGCCUGACAAAAUUACCCGGCUACCAGAUACAUAUGAGAUGUACGUGGACACCACAGAAGAUGAAGAUUCAUUUCUUGAUGACCAGUGUGAUGGUGAUUAUAAAGGAAAAGACGGGAAGAAAGAUGCAGGGAAUGAGCAAAACAGACGUGACCACAAGCGAGAGCAAACUGAGCCUAAAGGUAAUUUGAGAGACAGCACACCUACCAUUGAUGAUCCAGAAGAACCCCCUGCUCUCCAGAAUUCAGCUGAAAAGGAUGUUGAACUGAAUGACCUUGAAUUAGAAUCUGAUAAGGAAUUAAAUGAAGGCAAGCAUCUAAUUCUGAAUGGAAGACACAAAUUUGAUUUGGACAUGAAAACUUCAUCGGUGGAGGAGUGCAAUCUCUUGAAUUCAGAGGUUAACAGAUUUAGUAAGGAAGCUUCAAACCAACAGGAGCAGGAGAAGUCAUCUACUCCUCUGCUUGACCUUCUGGCUCGGGAGAAGGACCAUUUGGAGGUUCAGCUGAAGCCCCUCGAGCCUGAUGUGACCCCUGAGGUUCAGGAAGAAGAGACGCCCAAGAAAAGAGAGCAGCAAGCUAGCACAUUUGCUGAUAGGGUUCUCAACAAUUUUAUGAGAGAUGCUGUUAAGCAGAUACAACAAAUUAAGAAAGCUCGAAAUGAAAAGAUUGCUUUGGCAAAUCAGAAAGUGUUGGAUGACUUUGAAGAGGAACCUUCCCCAAGAGAUCCUCCACAGCAAACAUCACCUUCCGAAGUGCUGAAAGACAGUGCCUCUGAAUUUCUGGAUGAGGAGGGGGAUGGAGCUUCCUCCCCAGAGCUCUGUGCUAGACCGGAGAGUCCGGUGUUUGGAGCCAGUGGCCAGGAAGAGUUGGCCAAACGACUGGCAGAGCUGGAGCUGAGCCGCGAGCUGCUGGACGUGCUGGGAGGAGACGAGCAGGACUGGUUCGACGAGGACUUCGGCCUGAGCUCCCGCAAGGAGCAGCAGAGACAGCAGCAGCAGGGCGGCCCCGCGGAGCAGGCCGCGGCCGCCUCGCGCCCGGAGCCCCCGUCUCCGGCCAAGCCCCGGGAGGAGCCCCUCAUGGUGGUGCCGCACGUCGCGCCACAGGUUGAGAGGCUGGUGCACAUGGCGACUGAUGAGCUGUGGAAGUUCCAGGAGCUCGGGCACAGCGUCCACAAUGUCUCUGCCCCCGCCCACUAUCUGGGUAACGACACCAAGGGACAGGACAUCGAAAGCAUCAGCAGGCACAGCUACAAACAGUCUGUGUUCGACUUGACGAAGGAGAUCUUCCAGGAGAUCUUUGCUGAAGACCCCAACGCCAACCAGCCCCAAUGGAGGAAACCUCGCCGCUUGAACUCUUCUUACUACAGGAGAGUGAAAAAUCCUAAUAACAUCUCGGAAGUGAAGGCUUUUAUUACUGCAGAGGUAUUGAAGUUGUUUGGCCUAAAGAAAGACCAGAAUCAAAAAACAGACUGGCAAAAAAUGUUAAAAUUUGGAAGGAAAAAGCGUGACAGAGUGGAUCACAUCUUGGUCCAGGAGCUGCAUGAGGAGGAAUCACAGUGGGUUAAUUAUGAUGAAGAUGAGCUCUUUGUGAAGAUGCAGCUUGCUGAUGGGAUCUUUGAUGCCUUACUUAAAGACACAAUUGAUGUCCUGAACCAGUUACAGGACAGGAAGGCCGAGGAAGUCCUAUCAUGAACUCCUCUUCUGCCUUACAGGUCCAAGUUGCCUGUUACCCUUCACUUUUCAACUUGUGUCGCCUCCUUACCUGAACCCAACGUGCCAAUUAAAGCCUCAUGCCUUUAGCCAUCCUUUUUGAGCUCAGCUGUUCAGAUCUAGUUCCUUUUCCUGGACAUAUGAUGCCACCUUUGCCAACCAGUGGAACCUCAGACCGGUCAUAGACUUUACUCUUCACAUCAUCAAAAAUGAUGGAAUUUAUCUUCAGCAAUAUUUAUUCGUGUUCUUAAAGAUUAUUAUAAAAAGACAAUUCUGUAUAUCUUCUCUUCCCCUUGGAUCUGUGCAAAUUUGUGCUUGUGAAUUCUUCUUUUUGCCAGCUUUCCACCAUUUACUGGUAAGGCAGUUCAGUCUGCAUCACUUGAAUACGUGGACUCACUUUAUGUGCAUCCUUGAUGCAGAACUUUGCUCAUUAAUGAAAGAUCUCGGAAACCCAUCUGCCGUCUCAUUUUUCCUGUUGUACCCACAAGAUUUCAUCUGCCUUAAGCGUGUCACAAAAUGUAGCAAUUGGCAAUGUUGGCAUUCAGAAAGUGUCAGGUGGUUUUCAGACCCAGAUAAGGAGGAGAGGGGGCAAAGCUCUUACCAUCAGCUCACUUUCCCAUCUAUGGUCUCUUGACUCUCUGAUUUGUACAAGGCACUCAUGAGACAUGCAGUCUGUGGGAGUAAAGCCGAAAGAUGGUCACGCACCUGUGGAUUGUUUCGGUUGCAUCUGAGAUUUGGAUCUUCAGCUGGACAACGAAGAUAGUCCCCAGACACUGGUAGUUAAGGUUUUGCACAGGAGCCAGUGGAUUCUGCACAGGGGGGAAAAAAAAACUAUAAGAAAUAUUAAUAAACAUUUAUAGUAGAAAAGAGAAGUUUUUUGUAAUGUUGUAUCCUUAUCAUUGUCCUAAUUUAUUAAGUAGAACACAUAAUUCAAUGUUAGGAGAUAAGUCUUUUUAGAGUAAUGUGCAAGGCUAAAAUAAAUUGACACGUUUUAAAAUUCCUUGGGGAUUUUUUUUUUAAACCCAGAAAUGAGCAAGAUGUUCACUUGCAUCAUAAAAGAGUUUUUAAAUGCGAGUAUUAGGAAGAUUUAGAUUUAAAUGGUUAGUACACUAAUGCAGAACUGAAUUUAAAGUUCAAGCACAGAAGAAUGACGUAGUAAUACAUCAAGGUCAAUUCUACAAGGUGGAAUGGUUAUAUUUCAGGACAACACAUUAUUCCUUUGUACCCAAAAAACACGAAAAUACAGUCACAAAUCCAGCAACAUUUCUAAAACGCAGUAAGAUGCAAUGCGAUUUUGUUUCUGGUGACCUAUCUUUAAAUAAGCACUGGACUGAAAAUACAGAUCUGUACCAAUCCCAUCCUGGAUACUUGACACUGUGCUGCAGACCAGUCUUGCUUGUGCAACAAACAUGAUCUUUUUUUUCAAUGUAUAAAAUGAGGGCUUUCCAACCAAGAUAAGCACUGCAAAGCUGGAUUUUCAUUAGCGAGAGUUGCCUUUUCUGUUACUUGAUUCUGUUUUAAGUGCCUCAUAGGUUAUGUAGGCGUUGAUGCUUUUGUAGAAGUCUUCAGUUUUAUUCUAAUGGGCUACAUUAACAUUUACCAUCCAGGCAUCAUGUUUCAUUUCCAUUCAGAUUAUUCUAAAUUCAGCCUUAUUUAACUCCCACCAAACAGAAUACUUUACCGAAGGCGAUGCAGCAAGGUUACUGCUUGGGUUUCCUUGCAAAGAAACAGAGGUGUAAUGCUUAAAAAUGAAACAUGAGUAAACUCAGGUUACAAGAUCCUGUGGUGCAUUCUGUUAUCAGUACUCUGCACAGUAGCAAUCCUAAGAUGUUAAAAUGACAGGUCACUGAUUGGAUCCAGUCUUUUGUUUUUAUCUUUUACCUUUUGCCUCCUGCCUUUUAUCAUUUGUUUGUUCUCAUAGCUGAUUUCUCAACAAUGGUACGGUACUUUCGAAUUCCUAGGUCCUCCAUCUUUAAAGAAAUAGUUAGAUAAAUGGAAAUACACAUACUUUCAGUGGCUAGGUUGUACUUCAAAAGCUCUGAAUCUGGGACAGUUCAUCUGGCUAUUGAUUAGAUCCACAGUUAUGUAGUGGAAAGAAAAUAUGUAGCUGUUUACUUUGAAAUGUUGCCAAUGAUGGUGCAAUGAUAGCUCAAGGGCUAUCAUAGUCUUAUGUCAGUCCAGGUUAUAUUGUUGUAUAUGACUGUGACAGCUGUGUGUAGCAAUUUCCAUCUUGCCACAGGAGUUUCUUAUUGCAGUUUAGCAACUGUCUGGCUGUUUGUAUCAGUGAUUCAGUAUCUAAUUACAUUCUAACCAGUUAAAUAUAACUGAUCACUGCACCGAUUGCUAGCCGUGGCUUGUCAAUGCAUUUUUUUAAAGUGUCCUUAACGGUGAAGGGAGACAAAAACCAUCUCCAUUGUUUGGCAUCUUGGCAUUGUUUUAGGUUCUGUGUUGGUAAUCCACACUAUCAGAGAAAACAAGAGCAUCCAUGGUAAAUGAAGCUGAGUUUUAAAACCAUAUGUUUAUUGAUACAAAGGUGUUCCUGGAUACCAGUCUCUGAAUCUGUCCCCGGUGUUCAUGCUGUGUGACAUGAGGAAGUACGUCUUCCCUCUUUGAAAUGUCAUGGGAGUGAUUUAUACCUGCUCCGUUGCACCACGGUUAAAGUAUUUUUAAAUGGUCACUAAAAGCUGCAUCUUGACCCACCCUCAUCCCUUCAUUGGUGUUUUGUGAAUGCAGUGUGGCUGAAGACUCAUCUGGGUCACCCCAGUUUUGCGGAGCUAUCCUGUUUUGUAUUGAUGGUACAGUCCCUAUGUAAACACGAAUAGGGUGAUACCUUUGAGAGCUGACGUGAAUAAUUCAUUCUGUGCCGUUUGCAACACCUUAUUAUGCAAGUUCGGUGGUCAGUAUCUGAUACUGACCACAACUGCUAGGUCAAAGAAGAGUGAUGCUAGUGUUUUUGCAUAAGGGUUAAACUGAAGCCAUAAACGGUGUGAGACUACUAGAGGCACCUAGUAAGACAGGGCAUCCUAGGAUAAACUGCAGUCAAAGGCUGGUUUUAUAAAAGAAUGUGGUGCUAGGCACAAAUGAUUUGCUAAUCAGUUCAUUUUUUUAAUUCUUAAUGUAGGGCAAUUGCAAUUCAGAGUUUGUGACUAUUUAAAUGACAAUAAUGUACUGUGAGUGAAACAAAUGAAAUGAAGACUUAAUGAUCUGUCUACAGGGUGUAAAUAUGUAGGCUCUCAUCUGCUGUUUGAUAUGACUCGGUUACUAAUGAAUUUGUGUAAGAUUGUUGUAAAAUAACCUGGUUCCCUUAUGUGUAUACGAAUAUGUAUAUAUUAUACAUAUAUAUAUUUGUUAACUAAAUUGAACUUUAAAAUUGUAAA